UUUCACACCUGUUGCUCUCUGAUGUGAAACUUAACCUGCUCCGGAGCAGGUAGAUCUACUGCACAGGUUAUCAUAGCGAUUUAUGUCGGUAAUAAGUGAGCCACCUUCAUAGUAGGCCACGGAAGUCACCCGGAUAAACCGAGACUUUGCUUCGUAGUAGCAGUAGAGCUUUUAUGUCGUUAUGGCAUCCGCUAGACGGAGAAACAAUGAGACCUCGUUAGACGAAUGUCAGUCAUCGAGCAAGCUGCCGCGGAAUGACAAGAGUCACAUAGCAGCUUUAAUUUUAGCUCGAGGGGGGAGCAAAGGGAUCCCGCUGAAAAACAUCAAGAUGCUGGCCGGGGUCCCGCUCAUCGGGUGGGUGCUGAGGGCCGCCGUGGACUCGGGAAUGUUUGACAGUGUGUGGGUGUCAACGGACCAUGACAAAAUUGAGGAAGUUGCAAAGGCAUGGGGUGCUCAGGUGCAUCGGAGGAGUCCUAAAGUCUCCAGAGACUUUUCCUCAUCAGUAGAAACCAUCCAAGAGUUUCUUGAGCACCAUAAAGAGGUGGAUAUAGUUUGCCACUUCCAGGCUACAUCACCGUGUCUCCACCCGUUCCACGUGAAGGAGGCCUUAGAGAAGAUCACGCUGCACGGUUACGAUUCAGUCUUCGCAGUGGUCAGGAGACACCAGUUUCGCUGGAAGGAGGUUGAAAAAGGAUCUGGUGAGCAAACAGUGCCGUUCAAUCUGGAGCCAGCCAAACGGCCACGGCGUCAGGACUGGCCAGGGGAGCUGUGUGAGAAUGGCUCAUUUUACUUCGCCAAAAAAGAGAUCAUUGAAAAGGAAGGACACUUGCAGGGCGGUAAGUUAACCUACUAUGAGAUGCUGCCGGAGUACAGCGUAGAUAUAGACGUGGACAUUGACUGGCCUGUGGCAGAACAGAGGGUUCUCCGGUAUGGUUACUUCGGUAAGGUCACACCAGAGGUGGUCCGCCUAAUGUUCUGCAACAUUUCCGGCUGUUUAACUGAUGGAAAGAUCUUUAUGUCUGUGUCGGGAGAGGCAAUGGUGUCUGUCAACACCAGAGACACAACUGGGCUUCGGAUGCUGCAGGAAGAGCAAGUUGAGGUCAUACUGUUGACCACAGACAAAGACCCCAUUGACCCAGCUUUGCUUCAAAAACUUGAAGAUAGGAUAAUGUGCAAGGUCGAGAAGGUGGGAAAGGAGCCGCUGAAUGAUUUGAAGUCAAUUGUUGAGAAGAAGAAGCUGGAAUGGAAGGAUGUGGCGUUCAUGGGUUUUGAUCAAGCAGAUGUGAAAUGCCUGAACCUGGCAGGGCUGAGUGCAGUACCCGACGAUGCUCCAGCUGUGGCUAAAAAGGCUGCAAAGUACAUCUGCCGCCGUGCUGGGGGAUCCGGAGCUGUGAGGGAGUUCACCGAGCACAUUCUGCUGCAGAAGCAAAUGGCAAAAUCUCAGAGGGAGCAGGACCGCAUCGACCGCCACAACUUCUAAUCUUAAAAGAAGUCUACGUGGAAAAGGUUGAGAGUAAUAAAACAAAACGAUUCACGUGCAUGUUAGAAAUAUUGAGGCCAGAUUUACAGUAGUGGCGAAAAAAAAGCUCACCCUCUUUCAAUCUAAGGUUUUAUAUAUCAGGACAUCAAAAAAAGUCAUGUGGUCUGUACAGAAAUGCAAAACACAUUAACACAUAUUAAAACACUUUUUUAAAAUAAACUACAAGGAAACUGUUCCCACUAAAGGUCCAAACAACAAACUUGUUGCACCAUUUGGCAGCUGGUCAUGUGUGACCCAAAAGUAAAGAAAGGACUGAACCAAGCAUCACUGGAUAUUUCACUAACCAUACUGCAUCUGACAGAAAAGCAAAGAGUGAUGUGAUUACAUGGUGCCAAGUAAGGAAUGUAAGCAUCUUGACCCAAAAUACAACAUCCCAGUAAAAAUAUUUUUCAUUUUUAUAGCUACAAUAUUGUGUCGAUCCUAGAAGGGAUAAUAGUUAUUUUGUUAAACUAAAGUCUUAAGAAUUCACGUUAUACUUUGGUUUAAAAUUUACAAGAAAAAGACUAAGUGAGCUACUUUUAUUCUUACAUUGAACUUAUGCAGUCCUACUAUAUGUAAUACUUUGACAUUCCUACUGCACUGUAAACAUUGAAUUAGGUAUUAACUUUUUAUAGUUUCUUAAAAAAAUAUUUUUUUUUUUCACUAUGGCUAAGCAAUGUACUUGACCUCUUAGGUUCUCAAAAUUGUGGUCAUUUUUAACACUAAUAGAAGGUUUUUCGGUUGAUUUAAUAAACCUGGUCAAAAAUGUUCCCUCGCAUUCAUGUCUGACUUGGUGGUAGCGGGGUUAAAGCAAAGAAACUUGCACCCGGACCUCAUGCAGUGAAGGUUUUUGUCCCCCCUCCACCACCGCCACCGCCACACACCACACACACACACACACACACACACACACACACACACACACACACACACACACACACACACACACACACACACACACACUCUGAAUAGGAUUCUUGCACAUGGAAUAAAAGAAGAAAUGCUGUGAAUUUCACACGUUAAAUCAGAUGUUAGGUUAGGUUAGGGUUGAAUUCCAUCACACAAAGUAAAGCACCAAAUGUAAACAUAAGGCGUAAGCUAGCACUAGCAAGGCUGCACUGAAUUGUCACAUUUACUACAAGGACACUGGAGGACUGUACUAGAAAGCAGUGUUUGGGGUCAACCCUGAAGCUACCGGUUGCAUUUUUAACACUGUGAGUAAGAUCUCUCUGUAAUCACAUAUCUACAGAUGGAGUCACUGUUAUGUUUUUCUUUUCGAAACUGGCAGAUAGUGCCUCCAAGUCCUGGGAAGAAGUCAUGCAAAAAUCCAAAUAAUUACAAGGUUGAUGUGAAAAAGAAAUGAAGUCCUCUAUCACCUCUCCACUCAAAAACAUACCACAGUUAUCACGCAUCUGUUUAUGCCGCUGAUAUCCCCUGCUCCCCUGCUUCACACAUAAGGGCAAUGCCUUAAAUAAAACCGAAGUUUGAUGGUUUCUCAGUAAGGUUUAGAGGUGAAGCUAGCUGGAUUCUGUCACUUUCCUCUUUUUGCAGGCUUUAUGCUUAGCUAGGUUUCUCCUCACUGUAGCAUACUCUAGAUUAUUCUAGAAUAGGUUAAGAAAGCAAGUGUAUUCCUUAAAAAUAAGAAUUUAUGAGUGUUUGUGACUGGUGGUGGGGGGGGGCGUCUGUGGUCCAUUUUUGCAAGUGGAAUUUGUUAUUCUUUCCAUUUUUAUUUCUGUUCAAUAAUUUUACAUUACUUUUCUCCCGUGCUUGUUUUGGUUAAAUGUUUUUUAAAUCAUUCUCUGAUUUUAAUUUGACUGGAUUGUGAUUAUUUUAUGAUUAUUUUUAAAUGAAUAAAAUUCAUUUCAUUGUAUUUCAAGUUAACAAAACAAA